AUGCAUGCAGGCGGGUGGAUACGCAGAGACGACGCUAUCGGCACGAUGUGGGGGAAGCUACUCUACGAACUCGAUUCUACGAUGCAGACCAAACUUUCAUGGCUUUUGGUGCUGGGUGCGGUUUCGCACUGGUUGCCCUCGGUGGCAGCGGAUGGUCAACUGCAAGAUCCCAAUGCGUACGUGGUGCGCGACUUCAACAUUGUGUUGACGGACAACACCAAGGUCAGUGAUCUAGCAUGCUGCAUGGGUCUAUCUGGCGAGAUUCGGUCCGCACCCGAGUAUCAGUGCUUUGAUCACCAGGAUCUUCAGAUGGGUACGGCUCCUGGAAGUCGUCGUGUCGGCAUCCAAUUCUGCCACCAUCUGCCCGGUUCGGACCCUCAAGCUGCUACGGACGCCUUUGACAAUGUCUGCAAGCAAGGCACGGGCGAACAAAUCCAAACCGAUAAGAACUACUGUCCACAGAUCUGGCCCAACUUUAAGGACGAUUACAAGAAGCCUGCACCCGCCACUCCUCCUGCCGAUGAUCCCAAACCUGCACCCGCUCCUACCAUCCCGGAUGCCACGGGCAAGUUGACCAAUGACAAGGACGGAUUCAAGCUGCAGGGCACUUUCAUGUACUCGCUCGUCGACUACUCCAUUACGCGCAGUUUGGCAUGCUGCAGUGGUGCUACCGCGCCCAUCCUCAAGCCGCAAAAGUACAAGUGCGCACAACGCAAGGUGGCCAGUUCCGUCUUCAUGUCGCAGUGCACCAGCAUGCUUCCCACCAUCACCGGGGCCAAGAAAAUCCAUGGCUACUCCACCGUCAACGGCGACGCUGGCGCCAUCGUCGAUGAUAAGACCAAGAAGGCUUGCAGCGAUAUGUGGACCAAUGCGGUCUCGUACACCUACGGAUUCUGCAAGCUCGACUUUGACAUGGCCGCUGACGAUGCCACCACCGCUUUCAACGCUGACUGCGCAGACAAGGGCGGCCAGUCCAAGCCACCGCACAACGGCAUGUGUCUGUGGAACGUCGAUGACGCCGCUCCCAGCAGCUAG